GCUCCGCUCAACCGCAGCUCAUUGCGAUCCAGGCGCUCCACGCUCCCGAGUGCUCAAAAACGCCGUUGUUUAGGAUAAGAUAUAAUAGUAGACAAAACACAGUAUAGCUAGUGUUUAUUGCAAUGCCACACUUGAUACGAUAGAAAUCUCCAUAUUCAAACAUUUGCAUACUUCAAAACCUUUAUAGACUAAACGUGGGGCUGAAGUAUAUCAUCAAACAUGAUCAUCUCGGAUGGCGGUGAUGUUUUUGAUGGAGAUAUGCGUCCUGACACUUCAUGACAAAAGACACCCAACUCUGUCUUUCAGCGUCCGUUCAGCCGUGGCAAAGAAGAGGAGGAGAGAAGAGCGCAGGAUGAAAAGCACUGGCUUACUACUGGGUUACUUUUUGAUGAAAGUUCUUGUGUGCGACGCGGAAGGAGAACCUGGGAAGAACCUGGAUGGUCUGGUGACAGCGUCAGGGUCUAACGACUCUAGAGACGGGGAACAAGGUCUCUCCGAGACCCCUCAUACGGAGGACAGGUGUCGGGGUUAUUAUGAUGUGAUGGGUCAGUGGGAUCCUCCGUUCGUGUGUCGGACGGGUAGUUACCUGUACUGCUGCGGGACCUGUGGCUUCAGGUUCUGCUGCGAGUUUAAAAACUCCAGGUUAGAUCAGACCACAUGCAAAAACUACGACACCCCGCCGUGGUCCAUGACGGGCAGACCACCGCCGAAGAUGAUGGACCAACACGAUCCCACUAAGGAUAAAACGAAUUUGAUUGUGUAUAUCAUAUGCGGAGUAGUUGCAAUCAUGGCGCUGGUUGGGAUAUUCACCAAACUUGGCUUGGAGAAGGCGCAUCGACCUCACAGAGAGAACAUGUCCAGAGCCCUGGCCCAGGUGAUGCGCCAGACAGCUCCAGGAGAACACGUGGAGAGGGAGGAGAGUUUGGCAGUGCAUGGACAACACUACGAGAACAUGCAGGCCAGAGCAACAGGAAACAACCUGCAGUGUGCCCAAAUGAACAGUGUGGGGUCUGGUUCAUCUCUGAUGCAAGCCAUGACACAAUACCCUUCGCUUGGACAGGUACCUGUAGCCCACCCUUAUGAGCCAUCUCAAGCUGGAAAGGAGCUCAACAAGUACGCUUCGCUCAAGGCUGUGGCUGAAAAAGCGAACGAAAACUUCUACACUAACAGACGGCACUUAGCCGACCUGGCAGUGAAAGGCGCUCUUCCCAUGCACUCGGUGAGUGUGGAGCAGGAGCCCACCAACCCUUACAGCCCGGAGCUGCCCUGCCAAAAGCAGAACGGACACAAGUCCAAAAGCACCAAGAUCCACAGUUCCCACCCGCUGGCUUUCGGCUCGAACACCAUCGCCAACCCCGGCAUGCUGAAGAGCUGGGAGGGGACAGAAACGCUGGGCCGCCGGCAGACGUACGGCCCCAAGAGGCACAGCGCCACCAUGGAGCAAGUGAACGAGUUGACGUCCGCCCAGAGUCAGCACUACCUGCCUCCACAUCCGUACUUUGUCACCAACAGCAAGACCGAGGUGACCGUGUGAACGGGGCCGCAACAGCGGGCUCAUCGAGCCCAGGUCUUGAGUGGAUGCGUGGGAACGAAGUUAACAAAGGAAGCCUGACCGAGGAAGAAGUGUGGAUUAGGAGCCCGUCCUUCUGGAAGGAUUGACCGAACGGUCUGGCUUGAGAUCUGUAUGUGUGCUGUUUGUCUUUGAGCGGUUGUGCAUGGAAAAGGCAUGCAUUGGACUUGAAAGGGAAAGCGUAACAUUACUCAAAUGAACUCUUUCUGUGUCCAUUCCGUCACAAUGCAAAUGGAUAAUCUGCCUUGUAGUGAUGAGUUUGUCACAAGGCCGUCCGUCAAUAUGAUGAGGACACGUUCAAACACGAAACAGUCGAUGCAAUCAAACGUUCUAGAUGGGACCACCGUCAUGAUUCGCAACAACUUGAAAGCUUGUGAGAUAAUCCUAAACACACACAGUUUUUUUUUUCUUUCUCAGAAUCGUGUACAUAACAGAACGUUACCAAGGAAGUAUAAUGUCGUAAGCUUCCUCGGAUAAUCACAGAGUGUCGGUGUGAGGACAAACGUGUCUCUAGUUCUUCUCAUCUCAAUUGUCGAGACUUUCCAGAGCGUGUGCACCUGAAGCAUCCUGUAGCAAUGCAACGCGCUAUAUCCUGACAAAACACUGGGCUUGUGCCUUUCCAACAGAAGAACUCAUUAUAUAAGAGCUCUUGUGCUAUUCAGAAAGCACAUGGCAUUUCUUCAAAAACAAAGAUGCAUAAAAUAUAAACAAAUCUAUUGUUUACGGCUGUCAUAUUUCAGUAGAAAAUGUUGAUUGUCAGUGUUCUGAGAUACACAUUUCUCCUUUCUGUUACACCAUUUUUCCUCUGAUGUGUUCACACACUGUACUAACCAAUAGUUUAGUGCAACUGUAGACUGUAGAAAAAAGGAAGUGUUGUAGGGUUAAUGAUAGACAUUCAUCAUUUUUCAAUGUUAGAUAUGAUAAAAAAUGAAUGGUUAAUUAUGAUACCGAACAAGAUUGUCAAAACACUGCCAUUGUUGGAUUCCCAGUUUUGGUAUUGAAAACCGAUUCAGUUGUUUCUUUUGUUUUUAGCAUCAUAAUGUGAACCAAUUCAAUUAGCAUAAGGGCAAAAGGCUGCAUUUAAUUUCGAAAACUUGGUGUUUUGUCACCUACAUCCAAAUGAUCCCAAGCACCCUGUAUCUGGUUGUGAAUAAUGUGGGUCGCGUAAACUUUAAUUGCUCUGAAACAAGUGGCUUUAUAUCAGUGCACUUAAAAUGUUGUUGACCUACGUCAUUUACUCUUACCCUAAUUGAGCUGGAAAAUUAGCAGGCUAACUCAUACUGGAAAUAAAAAUACAUUUGCAUAUCUAGUAGCACAGGUAUCUGCAGUGUCACGCUCUCUAAUUUCGCUAGUAGAAAACUCAUUCUCUGUAUUUACAGUAAGUAGAAAACUUAAGGGGUGGUAACAUUAGAUUUUGUGUUCGCAUUAUGUUGUUUUUAAGUUUGGUGAACUCUUUUUAGCCUGCAAAUUUGUAUAAUCAUUCGCUUCUACCUUAAAGGACAGCACAAAUAGACUGCCGAAGUUAUGACGUCACUUUGUAGGCCAAAACGCGGAAGUGAGUUAGCAUUUUAGCACGUCAGGCUCCCUCGCU